AGUCUUUAAAAUUAAUUUUAACACCAAAAAAUACCAUUCAUUGGUAUGAACAAGGUAUUAAAGAUACUUGGACAUCAAAAAUCGCUGACCAAUUAGUAGAACAAGCAGUUAAAGAAAAGAAUACAUUUAAAGAACCAGAGGCAAAAUUGAAUGUCAAAAUUUUUUGGCAUAACUUAGGUCAAUGGAAUUCUGGGUUUAAAAAUACAGAACAAUUUCUUAAUUUGUUAGAAAAUGCUGAACACAUUAAAGGCAAAAAAAAGAAGACAUAUUUAAAGGGAGUUGACGAAUACUUUUUUAAAAAUAGUGUUGAGGAACU